AACAAUUGCACUGCCACAAUUGAAAUUUGUAUCUGAUGAGGGCGGUAGUAAACUGACCACAUCUAUGCUUAAUAAACCAUGUCAUUUAUAAUUUAGUACUAAACUUUGAACUUAUUUUCGAUUUUUCACGUUUUGAGUACGCCUUGAGUUGAUCAGUACGAUUAGUAAGUUUUUCGUAUAGAAAUGCUGAUGGGUGUGGGCAGGAAAAAUUAGUAUGCGACUGAUUUAAACAGUUGGUCAACAGAGUUCAGUUCACCGAGCACGCUACAUCACGAUGCGGUUCUUUCUGUUUCUCGUUGUUGUGCUGGCUUGUGUUGCCCUCACUACAGGCAAAAAGGAUAAGUCCAAAUCAAAAUGCAAGAAGUUGGAGAAAAAGAUCAAUAAGUGUUUCAAGAAAGGCUUCUCUCCAAAAUCUCUCGAAGGUUGCAAAAUAGAAGAUAAAAAAAUUAAGAAAAGACCCGCUAAGAAAUGCGAAGCACUGGAAGAUCAGGUCAUCGCUGCAGGUUGCAGCAUUAAAGCAUGUAAAGAACCUGAACCUGAACCUGAACCUGAACCUGAACCUGAACCUGAACCUGAACCUGAACCUGAACCUGAACCUGAACCUGAACCUGAACCUGAACCUGAACCUGAACCUGAACCUGAACCUGAACCUGAACCUGAACCAACUGGUCCAACUUGGUGCCAACACGAGAACAGUUUCCUGUACAGCUAUGCUGGAGCAUCCUACAACAGUCUAGAAGAUGCUAAAAAUGCUUGUUUGGAGAACGCCAAAUGUAAUGGAAUCACUCAGGAGCCUUACUACAGUAACCGAUAUACACAACGAGUUGGACCUGAAAUACACGACUGGAGCCCUACCGGUGAAACUUCUUGGACAGUCUGUGAUGAACCAGAACCUGAACCAGAACCUGAACCUGAACCAGAACCUGAACCAACUGGUCCAACUUGGUGCCAACACGAGAACAGUUUCCUGUACAGCUAUGCUGGAGCAUCCUACAACAGUCUAGAAGAUGCUAAAAAUGCUUGUUUGGAGAACGCCAAAUGUAAUGGAAUCACUCAGGAGCCUUACAACAGUAACCGAUAUACACAACGAGUUGGACCUGAAAUACACGACUGGAGCCCUACCGGUGAAACUUCUUGGACAGUCUGUGAUGAACCAGAACCUGAACCAGAACCUGUACCUGAACCAGAACCUGAACCAACUGGUCCAACUUGGUGCCAACACGAGAACAGUUUCCUGUACAGCUAUGCUGGAGCAUCCUACAACAGUCUAGAAGAUGCUAAAAAUGCUUGUUUGGAGAACGCCAAAUGUAAUGGAAUCACUCAGGAGCCUUACAACAGUAACCGAUAUACACAACGAGUUGGACCUGAAAUACACGACUGGAGCCCAACCGGUGAAACUUCUUGGACAGUCUGUUAAAAUAUUAUUGAAUAUUUCAACGUUAAGAAGCAUGAGAACACCUAAAUAUGUUAAGACUUUAUUAUGAUAUAGGUGGAAGAAUUUAACUUUCAAAGAUUAAAAUACAGUUUAGAAAAUUUUUGCAUGACACAAAAAUAAACUGAUUACUGACAUUAUUUUAUCUUAAUAUUUGCAAAUUCGAUCAAGCAGCAAA